AUGACCGAGCCGAGGCGGCGAGCGCUCGGGUGGAUAGGGACGAGGCUCUCGGACCACAGGGCGGAGCUGGUCGAGGUGCGGGACGAGGUGGACUCCAUGCGCCGCGCGAUGGACGAGAGGAUCGCCACCGCGGGCAAGGCGCUCACCCGCCUCGCCGCGGAGCGGGGCGACCUGCAGCGCGAGCGGGAUCUGCUCAGGCAGUCCCUCGCGGAGAAGUCGAGGGUCGCCGCGCGCCUGCGGCUGGAGCUCGAGCAGGCCCGCGCGCACAACGAGGAGCUACUCGCCCAGACGCUCCCCGCCGCGCUGCAGGUCGCGACGCAAAUCUCCGACGAUCCGACGUCGCCGCCGGAGAAGUCGGGCUUUCGCCAGAACCUCGCCAUGGCGGGCGAGUUGAGGGACGCGAGGGCCGAGGCGGCGGCGCUCAAGGCGAAGCUGGAGGAGGCCGAGGAGGACGCCGCGCGCCACUCGUCUCGCGCCGCGCUCGGGGCCUUACCCUACGAGGCGGAGACGCGCGCGCUUCGAGCGGAGCUAAACGCCGCCGCCGCCGAAUUGACCCGCGCCAAAGACGCGUUGGCUCGCGCCGAGGACGAACGGACCCGAUCGGAGGAGUCGCAUCGCGCCGAGGUUCGCGAGCUGACGCGGCGGCACGACGAUGCGAUGGCGGCGAUGGCGGCGCGUCGUUCGAACGACGACGAGGCGGCGGCGAAGAGGGAGCUCCUGAGGGCGCACGCGGAGGAGAGCGCGGCGCUUCGCGCGGAGACUCGGGAUUCGAAGGCGGCGGCGGCGAGGGCGGAGGCGGCGGCGGAGGCGGCGAGGGCGCAGCUGGCGUCCCUCGAAGAGGCGGCGAGGGGACGCGACGCGCGAGUCGAGGAGGUCGUGGGCGUCGCGGACGCGCUCCGCGCCGAGUUGGAGGCGGAGAAGGCGAAGGCGGAGUCGGCGGCUGCGAAGGCUGCGGCGGAGACGGAGCGGUUGCGCUCUGAGCUCGUCGCGGCUCGUCACACGCAGAUCCUCCCCGACCUCGCCGCGCUGGACGAGAUGGAGUCGCGGUUGCACUCGCUGGCGGGAACGUUGAGGGCGAGGGAGAGAGAGGUGGCGUCGUUGAACGGCGUCGUCGAGGCGCAGGUCAUGGAGCGCAGGGCGUUGGCGGAGGAGCUGCGAAACGCGCGGGAGGAGGCGGCGGCGCUCAAGGCGGCGAUUGAGAAGGAGCGAGAGCUUCGGAGGCGCGCGCCCCCCCGGGGGUCGCAGAACGGGGGCGGGAACGGGGGCGGGAAGGACAGGCCGAUGACCAAGUCCAUGUCCCGCGCGUUCAAGACACUGAGGUAUUAG